ACUACAUUUUUUUGUAAUACUUGAAAAAUCGCUUGUAAAAUAAUGUUGUGUUGGUGGAAUUAUGCAUAAAUCAUAAUAAUAAAUCCAAAAAAAAAAUAAACUGCUAUUAAAAUAUUUUACUUUGUUGGCUCAUUAUAACCACCUUUGCAAGUGUUCAAGAAACAAAAUCUCUAAAUUAAAAUGACUUUAAAAAUUUCGAAAAAUGCAGUGAAAGCCAGGCAAUAACAAACAAUGUCUUAUAUACAUACAUAUGUACAUACAUACAAUAUAAAAAAUUACAGAAAAUGUAAAGAAACAGGAAGUUUAUUCAGAUAAUACAAGGGAAUAACAAGAAAUAAUAAAAUAUAAAACAAAAGCAUGCCAAUAAGAGUUUGAUAGAAGGGGCGUUCAUUGGCAAGUCAGACAUUAAAAAUAAUUUAAGAAAAAUCACAAAGAGGCCCUAAUAAUCACGUCAUAAUUGUUUUUGGAAAAAGGAGACUUAAAAGCUACGUCAAUCGAAUUAGAUUUUCGUAGUACGUGUGUUUGUGUUUACUUGUGUGUGUUUUUAAUUAAAAAUAGUUUUCACAUCAAAAUAAAGUAUUGAAUGAUUUUCACAACCAUCAUUUUAAAAUGUAAUUUCGUAAAGCUCUAAAUUUUGUGCAAAACCGAACAAUAACAUUCUUCAUACAUACACAUUUAUUUUUUAAUACUUUCCUUUACCGGAGGGAUAAAAGGCUCGGAUUUUAAAAUCAUUUACAUGUAAAUUCAAUAUUUAAAAAGUAUCUUUUCAACUAAAAUAUAACGAACCGAAAUCAUGAACAUCGACGAGGAACAACAGGCCUUAUUGAAACGUGCUGCUGAAGAACGAGAAUUAAUAUUUAAUCGUUACAGUUUGGGUUUAGAUCCAACAAAUCAAGUGGAUCCUUGGGAAAAUCCAAAAUAUGAAUUAUAUCAUAUUACAGAUAAAUAUGGCUUCAUGCAUGAUUCACGCCUUCCUGAUACACGGGAUUCGCAAGAGCUUUUGCGGACUAAAAUAGAAUUAGAACGUGAUAAAAAAUGGAUGAAAAUGCUUGCAUCGUGGAAUCCACAUCAUGAAAAAUUAAGAAAGCGAGUAUUUAAGGGUAUUCCAGAUCGUAUGCGUUGGCCGGCAUGGAAAAAACUACUGAAUGUCGAAGAAUCUAUGGAAGCAAAUCGUGAUGUAUAUCAGCGCAUGUUGGACAUUUCCCGAAAAUACUCGACAGAAGUACGACAAAUAGAUUCCGAUGUUAAUCGCCAAUUUCGCGAUAAUUUAGCAUUUCGCGAACGCUAUAGUGUUAAGCAAGUCUCAUUGUUUAAUGUGCUAAAUGCAUAUAGUGUUUAUAAUCCCGAAUUGGGAUAUUGUCAGGGUAUGGCAUGUGUAGCUGGUGUUCUAUUAUUGUACAUGCAGGAAGAAGAGGCAUUUUGGGCACUGAAUGCAUUAAUAGUUAACGAAAAGUAUGCGAUGCAUGGUUUAUUUAUUGAAGGCUUUCCAAAGCUAACGCGCUUUCUGGAACAUCAUGAUCGUAUUAUGUUAAAAAUAAUGCCAAAAUUACACAAACACUUUAUGAAGCAUAACGUUGAUGCAAUUCUGUACUCAAUUAAAUGGUUCUUUGUGGUUUUCGUAGAACGUAUACCAUUUAGUUUAAGUUUGCGUGUCUGGGACAUUUUUCUGUUGGAGGGAGAUCGUGUUAUUACUGCUAUGGCUAUUACCAUAUUAUACCUGCACAAAUCAGAACUACUUCGACUUAAAGAUAUGGAUUCUAUUUUAGAAUAUUUACAAGUAAAACUGCAUAAAAAUUUCGGUUACAACGACGAUAUAGCAAUAGAUGCCUUAGAACGUGUUAUGAAGAAAUUAAAAGAACACAAAUUAGAUGUUCCACCUCCAGCCAAAGUCAAUGAAUUUCCCACAAAGCCUUUGGGCCAAUUUGUAGAAGCGGAUAUCGAAAAAAAAAUUGGUCGACGAAGAUCAGAAUAUACAGACACAGAAAAGCAGGUUAUAAAUGAUGUCAUAUUAAGGCAAGAACAAAAUGCUAUUGAAGUUCAAUCAACAGUAUCAUACGAAACAUCCGAAUGUGCUACUGUAACAUUAACUGUACCCGAGGAUAGUCACUCAAUAAGAAGUUCGCUUGCAGGUACAUCAAUGGCCUCACAUGGUUCUUCGGAAACAUUUUCGUUGGAGGACAAUAAUAUACAUCUGAAGACAGCUAAUGCUUUACAACAAACACCGCAACGCGAAAUAUUGAUGGGUACCUGACGUAUGCCUUCUACGCCACCAUUACAUAACUGUGUAAAGCCGUGCUACUCUUCACCAGUGACCACAACUACAGCAGAAGCAGCAGAUUUAGAAAAUAAAACGUUUGAAAUAGCGGAUUCCAAAACAUUUAACGUGGUAGCGGCGUCUUCCUUAAAUGCAUUAAUAGAUUCCCAACUUAUUGCAGUCCAAAGUUCUUCUAGACAAAAAAUUGACUUAAAUAUUGAAGCUGCGACGCCCACUGCUCCCAAUGCAACACCAAUUAAAUCAUCAACAUCGUUACAAACACAUUCAACACCUUCCUCUACGCCUUUAGCUACAGUUUAAAAUUUAGAUAUACAAGUUUUAUAAUGUAUUUUUUUAGUUUUAGCGUCUUCAAUUUUAUAAAAAUUUACAGUCGUAUUCACACAUAACAGAUAUAUGUAGGUUUAUGGACGAAAGUUGGCUGCUUCUCUGCACCCUGCAAAAAAACUUGACGAAGAAGUACAUACCGUCACCUAAAACGCAAACGGCUCUAUGUAACAUUUUUAAAAUUUUACAGGAGAAGCAAAAAACUAUUGAAAUUGAAAAGUUUGUUUCUAUCAUCGCGAUUUAUUUGUAGUAAAUAAACAAAUUGUUUAAUAGUGAAACCUAUCAGUUAUUAUGAUAGUUGACAAUGGCGUAUAUAAACAUGGAUAAAUUGGACUUUUUACCUUUAAUAUUUACAUGUUUUUGUAGAUAGGGCCUUUUGUUUUUUGUCAAUCAAAUCGCUAAUUUUGUUCGGACAUAUGUUUUGAUGCAAUACAUUAUAAUCAGCAAUAAAAUCGAUUUUGAAUUUUUGGUUAGUUAGGGCCGUUUGCGUUUCAGUGACGAUAUGUACAUUCAAUAAUGAAUUCAGCUGAUGAUAAAGUGCUUUGAUUAGGUGAAUAAUACAUAUAUGAUUUUUACAUCAGCGGUCUAACUUUUACGAGAAUUCGAAUUUUCAAAAAUAUAUGUAAUUAAUUGGUGAAUGAUAUUUUUUUACUGUGCAUUGCAAAGAAUAUUUGAAAAAAUUACAAAAAAUGUUAUUGUUUGUACAUAUUUACAUAUGAACAUCAACAUUUAAAAUACUUUAAUUUUAUUUGAAAGUUUAACAUAUACAACAAUAUUAAAGAACUUUAUUGGUGCAAAGAAAUUAUCGCAAUUAUGAAGGUAUUUCGAAUAGAUUUGAUUCCACCACCACUUAAAAAGUGGUAAAAAAUACAUUUACUUUGGACUACUUCUAAUUUUUUUAAUCUGCUAUUUAGCUACGGAAGAAAUUGUUACUUUUUUUAAAUCGAAUUAACUCAAGAAAACAGUUGGCCACCUUUUAUUCAGCAUUUAUUGUUUUUUAACUAAUAGGGCUUCAAACUUUUUUACUUGUGUUUAAUAAAUGACAAAGUUAUCUACACAUUUCAUAUUAUAUUUGUAUUACAAUAAUUCUGCAACACAACAAUAACUAAUAAAAUUGCUGUCUUGUAAACAUUAUUUUAUUACAUUAAUAAAAAAUUAUUCCUUUUUGAAAAACAUGGAUUAUAAAUAAGAAGACAUAGAUUUAAAAGUAUCGAGUGCAUAGUAUUAAAUGUUACAAAAAUUAUUUCAUUAAAUUAAGUCCAUGAAAUUCUACGUUUUGUUAAAACUUGCCACUGUUUAUAAAACUUUUAAUUUCAACAAGUAAUAAUAAUAAUUAUUAUUAUUAUAAAAUAAUAGCAUUUAUUUUAUCUUUAAGUUUAAGAAAAAAAUAAAUUAUUGUUUGUACGAUAUUAUAACUCUAAUUGUUAAUGAUAAAUGAAAGAAAAAUAAAUGUAAAAAUAAACAUUCAACAUAAUCGUCUA